AUGCCCACUACUCUUGUUACCGGAGCCACCGGCUUUCUUGCCGGCCACUGCGUCGACCAGCUCCUCAAGGACGGCCAUACCGUUAUUGGCACAGUUCGAAACCCUUCCAAGGCUGAGCGACUUGCCGAGGCGUUCAAGAGUGAAGUUGAGAGUGGCAAACUCGAACUGGAGACUCUCAAGGACAUCCAGAACGAGGAUGAGUUCGAGGCCAUCUUCAAGAAGCACCCUGAGAUUGACUACAUUCUCCACACUGCCUCACCUCUUAGUUUCAAUGUGACUGAUCCUGAGAAGGACAUGUUGCAGCCAGCCAUUCGAGGCACCACAGCCGUGCUGAAACAGGCCAAGGCACACGCUCCCAACGUCAAGAAGGUCGUCAUCACCUCGUCCAUUGCUGCAAUGAUGAACCCGGAUCCUAGCCACGUCCACAACGAGCACAGCUGGAACCCCAUGACCAGAGAGCAGGCCGCCCAGAAGGGCAACCCCGUGGCCAACUACGUGGGAUCCAAGAUUUUUGCCGAAAAGGCCGGGCUGGAGUUUCUGAACGACGAAAAGCCCAACUUCUCCAUCACUUGGAUCAACCCAGCCUACAUUCUGGGGCCUGGCAUCACUCUUGAUCUGGGAGCCAUCAACGCCUCCAACCAGCUCAUUUCCAGCGUGCUGGAGUCCAAGCUUGGCGAGGAGGUCAAGGUGCAGAGCGGCUCGUUUGUCGACGUCCGGGACUGUGCCAGAGCCCAUGUCGUGGCUCUCCAGCCUAAGUUUGACAGAAAGCGUCUCAUGCUGUGCACAGCCAAGGUGUGCACCCAGGACAUUGAGGACAUUUGCAACAAGAUCCCCGAGCUCAAGGGCAAAAUUGCUGUUGGAACUCCUGGUGAGCGAGAAAAGCAGCUGAGUAAGUCGAUCAUGGAUCCUUCCGAAACCAAGAAGCUGUUGGACUUUGAGUGGAUUCCCCUUGACAAGAGUGUCACUGAUUUCGCCAAGCAAUGGCUCGAGAUCAAGCAGUGA